AUGAAAACAAAAGACUUCUCGAUUUUGGUGCAACUUUUCACUGAUUCUAUUCAUCUUCACCUGCAUGAGGCCGACUGGCUAACAAGCUGCUUCAUCAGGCUGAGAGAUGGGCUAAGAGACAAUGGUGUGGAGGAGGAGGUGAUCAGAGGAGGUGUGGAGGAGGAGGCGAUCAGAGGAGGUGUGGAGGAAGAGGCGAUCAGGGGAGGUGUGGAGGAGGAGGUGAUCAGAGGAGGUGUGGAGGAGGAGGCGAUCAGAGGAGGUGUGGAGGAAGAGGCGAUCAGAGGAGGUGUGGAGGAAGAGGCGAUCAGGGGAGGUGUGGAGGAGGAGGUGAUCAGAAGAGACAAUGGUGUGGAGGAGGAGGUGAUCAGAGGAGGUGUGGAGGAGGAGGCGAUCAGGGGAGGUGUGGAGGAGGAGGUGAUCAGAGGAGGUGUGGAGGAGGAGGCGAUCAGAGGAGGUGUGGAGGAGGAGGCAAUCAGGGGAGGUGUAGAGGAGGAGGUGAUCAGAGGAGGUGUGGAGGAGGAGGCAAUCAGAGGAGGUAUGGAGGAGGAGGUGAUCAGAGGAGGUGUGGAGGAAGAGGCGAUCAGGGGAGGUGUGGAGGAGGAGGUGAUCAGAGGAGGUGUGGAGGAGGAGGCGAUCAGAGGAGGUGUGGAGGAAGAGGCGAUCAGAGGAGGUGUGGAGGAAGAGCCGAUCAGGGGAGGUGUGGAGGAGGAGGUGAUCAGAAGAGACAAUGGUGUGGAGGAGGAGGUGAUCAGAGGAGGUGUGGAGGAGGAGGCGAUCAGAGGAGGUGUGGAGGAAGAGGCGAUCAGGGGAGGUGUGGAGGAGGAGGUGAUCAGAGGAGGUGUGGAGGAGGAGGCGAUCAGAGGAGGUGUGGAGGAAGAGGCGAUCAGAGGAGGUGUGGAGGAAGAGGCGAUCAGGGGAGGUGUGGAGGAGGAGGUGAUCAGAAGAGACAAUGGUGUGGAGGAGGAGGUGAUCAGAGGAGGUGUGGAGGAGGAGGCGAUCAGGGGAGGUGUGGAGGAGGAGGUGAUCAGAGGAGGUGUGGAGGAGGAGGCGAUCAGAGGAGGUGUGGAGGAGGAGGCAAUCAGGGGAGGUGUAGAGGAGGAGGUGAUCAGAGGAGGUGUGGAGGAGGAGGCAAUCAGAGGAGGUAUGGAGGAGGAGGUGAUCAGAGGAGGUGUGGAGGAAGAGGCGAUCAGGGGAGGUGUGGAGGAGGAGGUGAUCAGAGGAGGUGUGGAGGAGGAGGCGAUCAGAGGAGGUGUGGAGGAAGAGGCGAUCAGAGGAGGUGUGGAGGAAGAGGCGAUCAGGGGAGGUGUGGAGGAGGAGGUGAUCAGAAGAGACAAUGGUGUGGAGGAGGAGGUGAUCAGAGGAGGUGUGGAGGAGGAGGCGAUCAGGGGAGGUGUGGAGGAGGAGGCAAUCAGGGGAGGUGUAGAGGAGGAGGUGAUCAGAGGAGGUGUGGAGGAGGAGGCAAUCAGAGGAGGUAUGGAGGAGGAGGUGAUCAGAGGAGGUGUGGAGGAAGAGGCGAUCAGGGGAGGUGUGGAGGAGGAGGUGAUCAGAGGAGGUGUGGAGGAGGAGGCGAUCAGAGGAGGUGUGGAGGAAGAGGCGAUCAGAGGAGGUGUGGAGGAAGAGCCGAUCAGGGGAGGUGUGGAGGAGGAGGUGAUCAGAAGAGACAAUGGUGUGGAGGAGGAGGUGAUCAGAAGAGACAAUGGUGUGGAGGAGGAGGCGAUCAGGGGAGGUGUGGAGGAGGAGGUGAUCAGAGGAGGUGUGGAGGAGGAGGCGAUCAGAGGAGGUGUGGAGGAGGAGGCAAUCAGGGGAGGUGUAGAGGAGGAGGUGAUCAGAGGAGGUGUGGAGGAGGAGGCAAUCAGAGGAGGUAUGGAGGAGGAGGUGAUCAGAGGAGGUGUGGAGGAGGAGGCGAUCAGAGGAGGUGUGGAGGAAGAGGCGAUCAGGGGAGGUGUGGAGGAGGAGGUGAUCAGAGGAGGUGUGGAGGAGGAGGCGAUCAGAGGAGGUGUGGAGGAAGAGGCGAUCAGAGGAGGUGUGGAGGAAGAGGCGAUCAGGGGAGGUGUGGAGGAGGAGGUGAUCAGAAGAGACAAUGGUGUGGAGGAGGAGGUGAUCAGAGGAGGUGUGGAGGAGGAGGCGAUCAGAGGAGGUGUGGAGGAAGAGGCGAUCAGGGGAGGUGUGGAGGAGGAGGUGAUCAGAGGAGGUGUGGAGGAGGAGGCGAUCAGAGGAGGAGGAGGUGUGGAGGAGGAGGUGAUCAGAGGAGGUAUGGAGGAGGAGGUGAUCAGAGGAGGUGUGGAGGAGGAGGCGAUCAGAGGAGGUGUGGAGGAAGAGGUGAUCAGAGGAGGUGUGGAGGAGGAGGUGAUCAGAGGAGGUGUGGAGGAUGAGGCAAUCAGAGGAGGUGUGGAGGAAGAGGCGAUCAGAGGAGGUGUGGAGGAGGAGAGGAGGUGUAGAGGAGGAGGUGAUCAGAGGAGGUGUGGAGGAGGAGGUGUGGAGGAGGAGGUGAUCAGAGGAGGUGUGGAGGAGGAGGUGAUCAGAGGAGGUGUGGAGGAGGAGGUGAUCAGAGGAGCACUGCGGUGCGGUGGGUAG